AUGUCUGACGAGGAUAAGCAGUAUAUCUCCUACAACAACGUGCAUCAGCUGUGUCAAAUUGGUGCUGAGAGAAUCAAAAACUUCAAACCUGACUUGAUCAUCGCUAUCGGUGGUGGUGGUUUCAUCCCAGCAAGAAUUCUACGUACAUUUUUGAAGGAACCAGGUGUACCUACUAUUAGAAUAUUUGCAAUCAUUUUAUCUCUUUACGAAGACCUGCAUACUGCUGGCUCAGAAGUUGAGCAAGUUGGUGUCAAAGUUAACAGAACACAAUGGAUUGAUUAUGAACAAUGUAAACUUGACUUAGUCGGUAAGAAUGUAUUGAUCGUGGAUGAGGUUGAUGACACACGUACCACUCUGCAUUACGCCCUCCACGAACUAGAGAAGGAUGCCGCAGACCAAGCCAAGGCUAAGGGUAUCGAUUUGGAAAAGAAUCCUGAGCAAAAGACAAACUUUGGUAUCUUUGUCCUACACGACAAACUGAAGCCAAAGAAGGCUGACCUACCUGCUGAAUUAUUGAACGAUCCAAACCGUUACUUCGCUGCUAGACAAGUCCCAGACAAGUGGUAUGCUUACCCAUGGGAAUCUAAGGACAUCGUAUUCCACACCAAGAUGGCUGUUCAACAAGGUAACGAUAUCUUCAUGGAUUAA